GUCAAAGGUAUAGUUAAGCUGUUCGCUGUGUGCGGAAAUACAGCUCAUCUGGCGUACGUAGAUGUACCUUACCAUGGACAUCAGCAAUUGUCUUGGGUAGUCAGCUCCCCGGCCUUUCUCGGUACCAUUUAACACCGAUUUUAACAGGAACAAUCAUUGAAAACGUUUAACGUGAACAGAAAUGAGCAUAACACGUGCAUCAGGGAAAGGGAUGUACGUAUGUUAACAUCUACCGGACUUUUCCUGGGAAUAUAUUUCCGUAUACAUUUCCGUGUGUUGAGAUAAACACUUAUCAAUUAAAAAUCUUCCCAAAGAUGAUGACUUAAGGAAAACGGUGAAUGGAGCUCCAAAUUACGAAACACGUUUCCUGCAAUCUACAGGUAGUUUCAAGGUCACGCUAGCGUGCAGCUCUUGACCAGGGCGUUGGUAGAGAUCCGAUUGUCCGGAGCAUCCAAGAUGGCCGGAAUCAGCCGGAAUACGUACCUGUUGUGGGGAGGCAUCCUCAUUACACUGGCAUUCUAUCUUCAUACCCCAUUCCCGAACGAAGCUGCGGAACCAUGGAAACAAAGAAUUACGUCAGCUUCUGUUAGAAUUAUCAACGACUUGAGUUUUCUGGGCCAGCUCCUUGGAAUAGCGUCAUCUGUUAACAUAACGCGUGUUCUGAGUGAAAGUAUAAAACACCUCAACACUGCCUCACUGCAGUCAGACAUCCGGCAAAAAGUACAGGUAACAGAUGAGACGUUUGACGGAGUACCUGUGCGGGUAUAUAAGCCGACAAGCACCAAGACAUUACUUCCCGGUGUCGUACAUAUCCACGGCGGGGGGUGGGCUCUACUUAGUGUCGAUGCCUACCAUGCCUUUACCAUAGAGCUGGCUCUCAAGACCGAGGCGAUCGUGGUUUCAGUAGAGUACAGACUGUCCCCUGAACACCGUUUCCCUGUUCCACUUGACGACUGCGUUACUGCCACGAAAUACAUUAUACAGAACGCGAAGAGACUUGGCGUGGACAGCUCGAGAGUGGCUGUGAUGGGUGACAGUGCAGGCGGUAAUUUAGCAAUGGCCGUGUCUCUGAGAAUGGUGGCUGAAACUCAGCUUCCAAAACUCAAGGUCCAGGCUCUGCUUUACCCAGCCCUGCAGGCUAUGGAUUUCAACACACCCUCUUACCAACAGUACAGUCAAAAGCUGCGCAAGUGUCCCUCGUUUGCCACCAAGGAGAUCCUUGUACGAUACUGGCAGCUAUACGCUUUCGGACACGAGGGAUACACGUCAGAUUUUUACGUGAACAACCACACAACACUGGCUCUGAAGGAUUCCAAGUACGCUGAAUACGUAAACCACAAGCAUUUACCCUCGAAGUAUCUCGUCAAAGAUAAAAACCCUGCAGUAUGGAAUACAGAGAAUGGAAACACCGCUAACGAAAUUGAAAGCAUCAUAACAAACCCGUUUUAUGCCCCGCUGAUGGCCUCAGACGAAGAGUUACGGAACUUGCCAAAGACAUAUAUCAUGACGGCUGAGUACGACUGUCUACGUGAUGACGGUUGGAUCCUUGCUGACCGCCUCAAGUCUCUACAACUAAGUUGUAAACACGAUCAUUAUGACGGGUACGAACACGGCUUUGCUUUAAUGCUUCAUUAUGAUGUUCAUGGAAAAUUAAUGAAUAACAUUGUUCAGUAUUUCCAACAUAAUCUAUAGUUGUGCCAUCAGAUUAUAGUAUGUUCUAUUUUGUUGAUGUAUACUUAGUCUUGUACAAAUCCACCUCCAAAUCAGAGUAUUUAAGAAACAUUCAAAACGCAGAGAGGGGAAAGAAUAACUAGGGAAAGUGAUCAAUUAUAUUUUAUAUUAUAUCUAUCUGUCAUGUCCUAGAACAUAUACGACGGUUAUCUCCCCUGUUCUGUAGAUACAUUCGCAUCUUUGCAAGAUAUUUCGUUUAAAGUUGCAGUUACAUUAUAAAGCGUUAUUCCGUCUUUUCGUAUUGCAGAGUUAUCUGCUCUUGUGAGCUGGUAUUGAUUGUAACGUCGUUAGUUUGUGUGAGGAAAUAACGUCGUUUUAUCAACGAUUUAUGACGUUCCUCUUAUAAACACAUGACGUAACAAUCAAUACCUGCUCACAAGAGCAGAUAACUCUGCAAUACGAAAAGACGGAAUUAUGGUGUGUAUGACAAUCUUGUUAUAGAAUACGCAUGAUUGUUAUCAAUUGUCAAUGUCAAAAAGUGGCUUAUACUACGCUAGUUUGAAUAAACAGACA